AUGCAUUCGGCAUUGACUGUUCUACUGUUCUGUCUCGGAUCGUUCAUCGUGAUCGCAGAUCCCGACAUACCGAUCCUCAAAGCGUAUGACGAUAUCGCUGUCCCAGUGCGAACCCGUGUCUAUCAUUUACGAACGAGAUAUCCGUUUGAACGAGACUCGUCCAUUCAGAGGAUCCGGAAACGCGGUCCAGAAACACUUUGGGAGCUGGAUUAA